AUGGAAUGUGUAGAUAUUGAUUCUUUAGAUCCACAGCCACCAAGUCCCAAAAAUUAUGAAGAUCGUAAACAAGUGCAGGACAAUAUAAAUGGUGCUGAAACAGGUUGGAUUAUUGCGAGUGAACUAAAAGGUUCAGACAGUAACACUUAUAUGGAAAAUUUACAAAAAUUACUAGAAAAUGAUGACUUGCCAACUCCUGAUCAGAAUUCAACAGAAGAGACUACAGUGGAGCAAGUGGCUAAUGAUAAUGACGAUAAUAUGCUAUUAAAGCUUUUAAAUACAAGUCCCGUUGCGAAUCCCAAACAACUUCCAAAAAAGACCAAAGAGACUACUAACAAAAGCGUUUCCUCUAGCGAUGCAAGUCUAUCUAUGCCCAUCAUUACAAACACAGUUUCCUUGGCCGAUACAGUAAGCGUUUCCUCUAGCGACGUAAGUCUAUCUAUGCCCAUCAUUACAAACACCGUUUCCUUGGCCGAUACAGUGAUUGAUCCAGUGAAUGAUAAACCAAAGGAGCCUACACCAUUUGUACCGCGAAUAAAAGUAAAACCCGUCUCGCAGUUAAUGGCAGAAAAAAGCACGACUCUAAUUACUGAGACCAUACCAUCGCAAGUUGCUUGGACUAUACCAGAAAAAGCUCAAAACCAAAUCGCCCAAUCCGAAUGGGUGGUGAUGCAUACCGUUGAAUCGUCGCAAACAAAAACUCUCUCGCCUUUCAAAUACUUUUAA